UCUGUUCUGCAUGUGUCAAUAUUAAUAAGUAUUGUAGGUGAUAUUGAUAUGGUGUACAGCAAUAACAUAAUUUCAUUAGAUUAAUGUUUUAUAUUUUAUUUGUACCAUUCAAAGUUGUCGUAGUCUUGAGCAUUUAAAAUAAUAUUCUACCAUAUUUAUAUAGAUGAACAGUAAUUAGUGAUUUUAAGAGUUAUAACUUUCUCCGUUAUUUAACCUGCAAAUUUCAGCAACAUAAACAAAAAUGGCACGUAAUGCAGAAAAGGCUAUGACUACACUUGCUCGGUGGCGAGCUGCACACUGUAAUGAGGGAGUCAAAAGAGAACAGGAAAGAAGGCCAUACCUUGCAUCAGAAUGUAAAGACUUGAGGAAGGCAGAAAAAUGGAGAAUGCAGAUUAUCAGAGAAAUAGCCAAAAAAGUAGCUCAGAUACAAAAUGCAGGUUUAGGUGAAUUUCGUAUCAGGGAUCUUAAUGAUGAAAUCAAUAAGCUGCUCAGAGAAAAACGACAUUGGGAAGUUCAAAUAAAAGAUCUUGGUGGUCCUGAUUAUUCUCGGACGGGUCCUCGUAUGUUAGAUCAUGAAGGAAGAGAGGUGCCAGGAAAUAGAGGAUAUAAAUAUUUUGGAGCAGCUAAAGAUUUGCCUGGUGUUCGAGAACUUUUUGAACAGGAACCUCCACCACCUCCAAGAAAAACACGAGCAGAACUGAUGAAAGAUAUUGAUGCUGAUUAUUAUGGAUAUAGAGAUGAUGAUGAUGGCAUUCUUGCUCCUCUUGAACAAAAAGAUGAACAGGAAUAUCAACAAAUGCUCAUUGAUGAAUGGAAACCAAAAGAAGCCACAGCUGAAAAAGAAACUAUAGUUGACAAAGAUGAAAAUAUAGAGGCACCGCAUAUUCCCAGCCAAAAGGAAAUCCAAGAAGCUUUAUUAUUACGAAAGAAGCAAGAGCUACUGGAAAAAUAUGUAAAUUAAAGUUUGGACUAUUUGGCACUGUAUAUAUAAUUUGAAAAAAGUUUUACUUCAAUGAUCAGAAGUAAAAUGGAAAUAAACCAAUUAUUUUACUCUUUAAUCAGCAUGUGUUUAUUUGCGCAAAUAUUAACAACUAGUCAUAGAUUGAUUCAUUCGAUAAUAUCGGAAUACAUCUUUUAUAAAACACCACCGAUGUACAUAUUUAAAUUUCUUUUAUAUUAUUAAAUAACAUUGAUUAAAGGUAACUACUUUUGUGCAGUAGACAUUCAAACUUCAAUGAAUGCUUACCAAGAAUAGGUGCUAUAUAGAUAAAAUGUGGACAUAAUCCAACCGUAAAACUCAGUACAUAUUAGAUCUGUCAAAACUUUUUUAAUGUAAAAGAAUGUUAUGUAAUCAAUCACACUGGUUGGUUAAUUUUGGAAAAUAAUUUCGACAGAUACAAUAACCGUCGAGUAUAUAUCAAUAACGAUUGUAAAUCCAGUGAAAUAUUUCCAGUAUACGAUGCUCUCCAUUGUUUCUUUGUUUUAUUUGUUAUUGUGUAAAUUGUCGAGAUUCUCAUAAAAAUUUUAAAAUUGAAAAAAUAUAUGUAUAUAUGUAUACAUAGAAGGUAAUUUAUUUAUUCCUGAGAAAAAAAGCAAAUAGAAAAAAUACAUAUUCGAGACAAUUAACAAAUAAUAGAAUGAAAAAAUAACAUUUGUCAAACAGCAAUAUAUAGCAUUAUACAACGUAAUAAUUGUAUUUCGCAUAAAAUCGAUUGUAAACAUUACAGAUAUCAUUGAAAACAAGCGUACGGUAUAUUUAUGUUAAAAAACACUCGUAAUUCUAAAGUAGCCUGGACGAAAAAUUCCCAAAAAUACGAAACAUUGUACCUCGCAAUCAUAGUUUCGUUCAUCACAUGAAAAACAGUGUGUAAUCAUGUGAGAAAGAGAUAGAUAGAGGUGCAAAUGUGCGCCUAAUAUGAACGCAGAAGUGAUUGAACGAAUUUUUCGAAAGUUAAUUCUGCAGGGGAGAAAAUAACAAUCCAUGCAUAUUGAAUGACGUAGUUGAACUCGAGCCUUUUACAUCGAUUGUCGAGCCAUCUCGCAACACGCGCCGAUGUAUUUUUGUAAAUACAUAUCGCCGGAACGGUCAUCGGUGUUGGCGGUCCUAUACAUUUGGAAAAACCCUUAAUUUUUGAACGGGACUAGAGCUAUUACAGCUUUAAGAAAUUUCUAUGGGCGAUAAAAGUAGUUCAAAUGUUCAUCUCUUAUGUUCUUUUCCGUGUUCAUUAUCAGUCACCGCACUCCCGUCGCUCAAUACAAUUUCGAAAUCUAUAAAUCGCUAUACAAUAAGAAUAUUGGUUUUUGCUUGCUUUUUUUUUUGUUUAUUAUUAUCAUCAUUAAAUUACUACUUCUAAAUUAUCUUUUUUUGUUCCGUUUUUUUAGGGCCUAUUUUAUCAGCAUUUAUUAUAUUACUUCGCCACUCUCGAAAAAUAUUUAAAUAAAUCUUUUACAAUGUAUCGUUACUCGACGACCGUUUUACAGUAUUACAAUUUUACUAAAAUCACAACUGCAUUUUACAAGGUGCUUAUGCAAGUUUAUUGUGCGUCAUUGAAUGUAAAAUCUAUGUUUUUCGUUUCUUCUUCUUAUUUUUCUCGUAUCUUAGGUAAUUUUCAUGUUUCUUGGUUACUCAAUAUUAUUCUUCAAUUGUCCUUGUCGAAGCGUCUCGUUCUUAUAAGUAUAUAUAGAAAGUUUACUCGUAACUUUAUUUGAACGAUAAACACGCGCUGAACCGCCACGUCUCGAAACCGUUCCAAUAUGCCUAUCAUACAUCUUUUUAAGUGUAAUAUUUAAAGACAUCGAAAGAGAGAUUUAGAGAUAUGAACAAUUGCAGCACGCGUAUGUCUGCUCCGAGAGGGACAUUUAUAUUAUAUUAUAUGUAUGAAGAAGGCACGAAAGUAAAAUCGAUUAAAAAACAAAGUUGAGGGGAGAGAGUAUGAGUCAAUUGUUAUUACCAUCGACUAUACAUGCGAGUGAUGUGAGUUGGCUCUUUUAUAGUAUAUAAUAUAAAGGAUUCAACCGAUUUUCUUUUAAUAUAUACUCGGGACUACAGUCUACCUGACCUAUAAGCGGUGUGUAUGUGCUCUUUUGUACACAUACUCGUGUUACAAAGCGCACAAGAUUCAAAUUGUCAAAUCUAUUCCGCAAAUAUGACAAUCACAAAUGUAUAAUUUAUUGAGUGUACGCUUUAUCGUCUCUUCGCCGAAAAAGUCUUGAAAAAAUUUCCUCGCGCUACCCUUUAUGCUUUGAAAAAGUUGAGGAAGGAAAAGGAAAAUGUGAAUGAAAAGCCAGCCAAAGCGCAGUCUUCCUUUGUGCAUAUCGUUUUGCCAGCGACAAGCACAUAAUUCACUUUUGUGAGCAUUUUUUGAAAAAAACUCUGACAAACAUCUUUUUUUUAUAUCUUACGUCGCUUGCAUCAUCUUUCCCAGCGAUAACAAUCUCGCUCAUCUUUUUCACGUAUCAAAGGGUAAUUUAUUAUUUCUUUUCCUUGAAAACACAAGAAAGGCCUUUGGCGUCUUGAAGACGCACUUUAAAUAUUUUCACAGGCCUUUAAUUUUGCGCGACAAAAUGUUUUGUGUGUAAAGCACCACUCAAA